AUGGCUUCCCAAAAGCUCAAUGUCCUCGUGUACACAGGCACCGGCUCAACCCUCGGAUCCGUCCGCCACUGCAUCUACACCCUCCGCCGCCUCCUCGGUCCCAACUACGCCGUCACCCCCCUCACCGAAUCCGCCCUCCUCAAAGAACCCUGGGCGCCCACCUGCGCCCUCCUCGUCUUUCCCGGCGGCGCCGACCUAGGCUACUGCCGCGUACUCAAUGGCGAAGGGAACCGUAGCAUCGCGCAGUAUGUCCGGCGCGGGGGUGCGUAUUUGGGGUUUUGCGCGGGGGGGUAUUAUGGGUGUAAACGCUGCGAGUUUGAGGUGGGGGAUAAGGAGGGGUUGGAGGUUGUGGGGAGUCGGGAACUGGGGUUUUUUCCGGGGACGUGUAGGGGGGGUGCGUUUAGGGGGUUUCGGUAUCAUAGUGAGGAUGGGGCUAGGGCGGCGGGGGUGGAGGUGGUGAAGGGGGCGUUUGCUGAGGGGGAGGAGUUGCCGGAUGGGUUUAGGUGUUAUUAUAAUGGUGGUGGGGUGUUUGUGGACGCUGAUAAGCUUGCGGACUCGUCGAGCAAAGUGGAGGUGUUGGCGACGUAUACGGAGGAGAUCGCGGUAGAGGCCGGGGAGACGAAGGCGGCGAUGGUGUACUGCAAGGUUGGGGAAGGGGCCGUUAUUCUUACGGGUCCGCAUCCAGAGUUCGAUGCGGUCAAUCUCAGCCCCCAGGCGGAUGUACCCGGUUAUGAUGAUGUUAUCGAAGUCCUCAAAGCAUACGAAGGGGCAAGAACCUCAUUCUUGAAGGCCUGUCUCAACAAGUUGGGCCUUGAAGUCAGCCAGGAAGCGUCAUUGGUGCCGAGCCUAUCGAAGAUCCAUCUUUCUGCACUCAAACCAAGCAACGUUUCCGAGACACUCUGCUCCUUUGACGAGAUUAUCACUAAGGAGGACGGCGAAGAGUACAUCAAGGGAGACAACGACCUAUUUCAUCUGGAGAAGCCCGAUUCGAGAUGGUCGAUGGCAUCGCUGAGUCAAGCGCUGCUCAGCGAGUUUGACAGUCCCAAGAAAAAGACCGGGCGAACCUCGCCGGAUCCCACCGCCGACUACAGUCAUGUCCCCAAGCGCAUUGUUUCUCACGAAAACGCAUGGCCGGACCCCAAAGAAACCCCCUACUUCAACCACUCCGUGUUUUACUCGGCUCUUCAAGAGUUCAGGGGAAAAGAAACGGACGCAGAAACAUGGGGAGAUGUAUUCAUGUAUGGUGAGGUGGUCACCAGCACCAAUACGUUGCUCGAGAAAAACCACAACCUCCUAUCAACGCUACCCACGGGAUUCACAUUAGCGGCUACAACUCAAGUAGCCGGCCGUGGCCGAGGUGCCAACGUCUGGGUUGCGCCGCCAGGGUCCCUCAUCAUGUCAACCGUGAUCAACCACCCCGCCCACCUCGCGACCUCGCGGCCGAUCGUCUUCCUCCAAUACCUCGCGGCCAUCGCCAUCGUCGAGGCUGUCAAGUCCUACGACGACGGUUACGCCGACCUCCCCAUCCGAAUCAAGUGGCCCAACGACGUGUACGUGCGCGACCCACGCAAACCAUCCACCGAAGUCGCCUACGUCAAAGUCGCCGGCAUCCUCGCCAACUGCGCUUACUCGGCUGGCAACUACCAAGUCGUCCUCGGCAUCGGCAUCAACACCAACAACGCCCGGCCGACCACCAGCCUCGACGCCCUCCUCCCUUUCCUCGACGACCAGAACAGCGGCAACUACAAAAAGCCCCAACCGUUCCGCAUCGAACGCCUCAUGGCGCGCAUCCUCACCCGCCUCGAAUCCCUCUACCACAUUUUCUGCCGCGACGGUUUCUCACGCGAGCUGGAACGCACCUACUACCAGCACUGGCUGCACGGCAACCAGGUGGUCACGCUGGACACGGCUGGCGCAGACGGCGCGAAGGCACGAGUGGUGGGCAUCACGCGCGACUGGGGCAUGUUGAUGGCGGAGGAGGUGGAUGAGGGGGGGAUUAACGGCGCGUUGAGGCCGACGGGAAAGAGGUGGGCGUUGCAGAGUGAUGAGAAUAGUUUUGAUUUUUGGAGGGGGUUGGUGAAGAGGAAGAUUUAG